AUGGCUAACGUGAAUAGCUCUCGACUACCGCCUGCUGCUGUUGCUGCCACUGAUGAUGAUGAUGAUCAUGACAGAAACCGGCCUGGUGCUUCCCGUGGCCGUGGUGAUCAGAAGAAGAGUAAGAAGAAGGAUAAGUGUUGUUAUCGGUGUAAUCAGCCUGGACAUUCUAUUCGUGAUUGUCCGUUGCCCGAUGACGCUAUUCACGCCAUUGCCGGGAGGUCAAACCAAGCUUCUGUUAACAGUUCAUCAAAAGUUGAUAAAAGGGAAGUUGCAUCUGUGACACCUAAGGUUACAGAGUUGCCUUCAAAGAAUGUUGAUUUAACUCAAUUACUAACAAAUAAAGAAAAAGAACUACAAUCGUGUCGCCAAGAAAUUGAAAGUCUGAAGAGUCAACUGAACAAAGCUACUACAGAGUUGGAUUCUUUUCAAGCUAAGAAUAAGGAAAUGAUUCUAAAAAUGAACAAGAUUCAAAGUAGGUUGAAUGAGAGAACAAGGGAGCUUACAGAAGAACUUUCUACUGUCUCUGACAAUGUGAUAGUCGUAAAGAGGGAAGAAUGGAGUAAAGCGGCAAAAGCUGUAGCUUCGGUAUUUGUUGGAGGUGCAGACUUAUGUUCUAAGAAACCUGAACUUGUACCUCUCAUCUUGUUGUACAGUAGUCGUGCUGAUAAAAGGAUAUCAAAUGGAAAGUUAAGGAAAGCUAUAGAUGACUGCAGAAUUGUAACUGGAUUAGAGCCAGAUCUUCUUAGCUUCUAUGUCAGAGCUGGAAAUUGUCAUUUGGUGCUUGGAGAAAUUGAUGAUGCACAGAAAAGUUACAGAAAGUGCUUGGACUCCGGAUGGGUUUGGCCUGAAUUUUCAAAUGAGGCAUCUGAUGGACUACAAAAUGCUGAGAAAGUGUCUAGGUAUAUCAACCAGUCUGCUGAACUUUUGAAAAAUAAAACUGUCGAUUCAGCAGCUAAUGCAUUGGAAGUUAUUACGAAAGCCUUAUCGAUAAGCUACUAUUCAGAGAAACUGCUUGAGAUGAAAGGGGAGGCCCUCUUUAUGCUGCAUAAAUAUGAGGAGGCUAUUGAAAUGUGUGAGCAAACACUUGUUAUUGCUGAAAAGAAUUGUAACCACAUGUCAGAUGAGGAUAAAAAAUUGAAGCUUUGGAGAUGGAGCCUGAUGUCUAGGUCCUACUUUCGUAUGGCUAAGUUUGAGUUGGCUCUCUCUAUUCUUGAGCAAUAUGAGCAACUAGGGCUUCCAGAAACCAAGACUGUGGGAUCAUCCUCUCCUUCAGUUGCCUCUCUCCUUGAGCUUUUUCGCUGCAAGAGUGCAGGAAAUCAGGCUUUUAAAGAUGGGAAAUAUAGAGAAGCAGUGGAGCAUUAUACUAAUGCUAUAACGAGGUGUGUUGAAUCAAGACAUUUCACUGCUAUCUGCUUAUGCAAUCGUGCGGCUGCACACCAAGCUUUGGGUGAAGUGAUUGAUGCUAUUGCAGAUUGCAAUCUUGCUAUAGCUCUUGAUGGGGAUUACGCGAAGGCAAUUUAUAGGAGGGCUAAUUUAUAUGAGAAGAUAAGAGACCAUCUGUAUGAAGCAGAUGAUUACACAAGGCUCGUCUCUCUUCUUGAAAAGCGUAGUGAAAAGAAGGACGUGGAAUAUCUAACAAUAGCUCGUCAGCGUCUUUCUUUUAUGCCAAUAAAGUUGAUAAAUGCGAGGCCAGUCGAUCACUACCUGGUCUUGGGACUAAAAGGGUCAGAAUCUGGUGCAGAAAUUAAAAAAGCAUAUCAUAAAGCUUUACUCAAGCAUCACCCAGACCAGGCGGGUAAGUUUCUAACAAGAAGUGAGAGUGGAGUAGAAGACCAUGUCUGGAAAGAGAUUUUUAGAAACAUCCAUGAAGAAGCUGAGAAGCUGUUUGAGAAUAUCGAUUAUGCAUAUGAUGUACUAUCUGACGAUAGAAAGCUUGCUGAUUGGUUUCGAAACAUGCACCGGGAAGAAUAAGGACAAACUCUCGGAAGUUGAACUAAGAUUCCCAGGAUAUAUAUAUACCUUUCGUGAGUAAACAUGAACUAGGUUAUCUUAUCUUCUAUAUGUAUUAUUUUCUGGAUACAGAACUAAGAAUCCCAGCUGGAUAUGCCUUGUAUUUUUAGCUGUUGCAAAUAACAACUUUUAAUA